UAUUAAACCUCUCUCUUUCUCUCUCUAAAACACUCUCGACUCUCUCUCUAAAACCACCAGACACCAUUUUUCCGCAGUACCUCCCCCGACACACUCGAUCACUGACACUCCUCUCUCUUUCCUCUCCUUCUUUCUAUCUCUAUAUCUAUAUAUCAAUAUACUUACAUAGUUUUGUGUAUAUUAUUCACCUAUAUAUAUAUUAUACUAAAGGAGUGUGAAUAGGUGUCAUCAAAUGGAGAGGUACAGUGGGAAUCAGACAAUGGAGGGGGAGCCGGCGGAUCCGGUGGCGGAAUGGGCCUCUCCUGGAGGCGAAACCGGGCUCGGAGAGCCCAUGUGGCAGUUGGGGCUAGAAGUUGGGCCCGAAUCCUACCCUGAGAGGCCUGACGAGCUCGAUUGUAUCCAUUACUUGAGGACUGGUUUCUGUAGAUAUGGCGCUCGUUGCCGGUUCAAUCAUCCCCGAGACCGGAGUGCAGCAAUGGGAAAUUUGAAGGCUAGCGGUGGCGAAUACCCGGAGCGUGUUGGGCAACCAAUCUGCCGGUACUAUAUGAGAACGGGAAUGUGUAAAUUUGGUGCUUCCUGCAAGUAUCACCAUCCAAAACAGGGAAUUGGACUUUCAGGCCCAGUGGCCCUGAGUAUCUCUGGAUAUCCAUUGCGACCGGGUGAAAAAGAAUGUUCGUAUUAUGUUAAAACAGGACAAUGCAAGUUUGGGGCCACCUGUAAAUAUCAUCAUCCUCUGCCAGCUGGAAUGCAGGUUCCUGCACCAGCAACUGGCCCUGGACCAGCAGCUGUACCUGCUCCUGCACCCGCAACGUAUCCUGCAAUGCAAUCAUUUUCUAUACAAACUCCCCAGCAUUAUGGAGUGUUUUCUGGCAACUGGCCAGUUGCUAGGCCAGCAAUGCUUCCGGGUUCAUAUGUCCCAGGAACAUAUAGUCCAAUGCUCCUUCCUCCCGGGGUCGUUCCUGUUCCUGGUUGGACUCCUUACCAGAUACCAGCUAGUCCUGUGGCUUCCCCAAGAUCUCAACCUACUGCUGGAGCAGGCAUAGUUUACAGUUUAACACAGUUAUCUCCUUCAUCAGCUGCAUACACAGGACCAUAUCUAUCCAUUACCUCUUCUGCCGGUCCUUCAGGCAGCAGUCAGAAGGAGCAAGCAUUUCCAGAAAGACCUGGCCAGCCAGAAUGCCAAUAUUAUUUGAAGACAGGGGAUUGUAAAUUUGGGUCUACAUGUAAAUAUCAUCAUCCACCAGAGUGGAGUGCACCGAAGAUAAAUUUUGGGCUUAGUCCUAUGGGUCUGCCCUUGCGCCCGGGUGCACCACUUUGCUCUCAUUAUGCACAAAAUGGGGUAUGCAAAUUCGGGCCGUCAUGCAAAUUUGAUCAUCCAAUGAGAACAUUGAGUUACAGUCCAUCUGCGUCCUCUCUUACUGAUAUGCCUGUCGCUCCCUAUCCUGUGGGAUCCACACAUGCGACUUUGGCUCCUUCAUCCUCGUCAUCAGACUUGCGGCCCGACCUCAUUUCUGGAUUUGGCAGAGACACCUUCUCAACCCAAAUGUCUUCUAUGAACAGUUCAAGUGCUUCAGUUGGUUCAGUAUUCUCACAAAGUGGGCACAUUCCUCAAUCCAGGGGUCAGCAGUUGGGUCAGGGUUCUACCUUUUCAAGUGCCAGCAGCAGCAGCAUCGGUCAUGGAGGUGAGAUUCGCACAUCAAGCUGAAUAAAAGGAUUCAGCCCUUUCAUUCUCUGUUAAUCAACUUUCUCGGUCUCAAAGUCAUAUUUUUGGUCCAAAUUCUCUAUAGGAUGCUCAGUCUUAGUUCAAUGUAGCAUACUUUAGCUGUGUCCAUUGAAUAAGCCAUAAUUACCCCUCAAAAUCUGGCAACACCUCAUUAGCUUUUUCACCUACUCUUUGAAUAACUUGAAAUGAAACCAACUUCCUGUUUGGAUGAAUUUCAUCAUUGCCCAAAUUUUUGGAGUUGUCAUGUCUAUUUAUUGUCUUUUUCAGAACGAAAAAUAUAUAAUUCUCACCGUUCUCUGCCCACUGUGUUUGUCUCGAUACCCAUCUUCUUGUUCCCUCUUUCGGAACAAGCUUCAAAAUUGUCUAGGGAAUGAAUUCAAGAUCUUCUUGAUCCCUUAUUUUGUCUGGUCCUUUGUUGCGGAAGCAAUGAAUCUGGAGACUGCAAGGAAUUGAAUACAUCAUAUGUAAGAUAUAUACUUGAGUAGUGAAACGAAUUGCUUGAAUUUUUCUUUAUAUUUUAUCAACCAAUACAGACAAGAAAAUCUUGAAUUGGGUAAGUAUUGCUCUUUGUUGUGUUUGUUUUUGUUAAAGAUGGUGAUGCUUCUUAAA